CUGCUCUGCCUCAAGGCCAGCUCGCCCAUCAUGUACAGCAAUCGCUCCCACCCGCUCCUCGAGCAGGUCCCCCUCACAGUCUCCCCCUUCAUCAACCUCCCGACAGCAACGACCCUCUCCUACAACUACAAGGCGAUGCCCUCGGCCCUCCCGCCCUCCGCGACCGGCGUCCCCGCGGCCGUGACCGACGACGGCAGCGGCGCCGGCGGACCCCCGCCCGAGAAGCCCAAAUACGUCGUCUCGCAGUCCGGCCACGCCGCGCACCCGGACGACAUCAUCGCCUCGUGCCGCGCGCUGCAGGCCCAUAUCACCAAGAUGCAGGAGGACGCCGAGCGCGACCUGCGCGAGCUCGAGGACCGCAUCCAGGCGAGGGAGCUCGCCGAGAAGAGGAGGGUCGCGCCGGGGUGGUUGGAUAGCGAUGCGCGGAUCCUGCAGCCGGAAAGGCCCGGCGGCGAGGAGCAGGACGCGCAGACCAUGGCGGCGGAGCAGGCUGGGGCCAGCGAGAUGCCGGCUAAUGACCAGGGCGCGGAGCUCGAUCGGGUGUUUGGCGGGUUGAGCAUGAAGUAA